AUGACCAUCAAAAAUUUUUCGAUUGAAUAUGACGCGAUCAACAGCAGGAACAUCUUUACAAAUGGAGAUACCAUGAAUGGAAGAAUCAUCGUGGAGGUCUCUAAGGAAACUAAAGUUCAGGCGCUUACUUUCAUAGGAAUGGGAAAAGCUGUGGUGUGCUGGAGUGAACAUUAUGGACAGUAUCAUCAUCAUGUGUACAGGUCUAGUGAGAAAUACUAUGAAGUCAAACAUCACAUCUUAAGAGAGGCAAGACAAGAUGGCACUGAUGUUAUCGGGAAAGGAAGACAUGUCUUUCCCUUUGCCUUCACAAUUCCUGACAGAAAAAUCCCCUCAACAUUCAAAGCCUCCAUUGGAAAAAUUGUUCACAAAGUCAAGGCAGAGCUGAAACAGUCAAUGAAGCUGACAAAAAAGGCCAAAUCACACUUCACAUUUGUGUCCAAAGCAGACAUGGACACACCAGGACUGAUGGAACCUCAGUACAGUUGCAAGGAUAAAUCUGUGAAAGCUUUUGGCUCUGGAAGCGUUUCAAUGGAUGUUCACACCAAGCACAUGGGAUACAUGCAAGGAAAGGCUAUUAAGGUCGUGGCUGAAAUCAACAACCGCUCAUCUCGUUCAGUGAAGCCCAAAUUCACACUGUAUGAGAAGAGGAGCUUCUUUGCACAGGGUCGCAGGAGAGUUAACACAAAUGAGAUCCUUAAGGACAAGAUCGAGGCCAUUGCUUCGUCUGGCAAAGAGACUGUGACCAAGGUGAUCCCAGUCCCUAGGGAACUACCUCCCUCCAUCCUGAACUGCUCCAUCAUCAAGCUGGAGUACAGACUGAAGAUCCAUCUGGAUAUCAAAUGUGCUUCAGACCCAGAGAUCAAACUCCCAAUAGUUGUCCUCCCUGCCUCUGAAGCUUCUACUGUGAAACAACCACCUCCUUCUGCUGGUUUUGGAUUUGAAGCUUACCCAAACCCAGCACCCUGGGGCAUGACACCACAACAAAUACCACCAAGAUCUAUGGAUCCCCCACCUCCAUAUGGAGCUGCAGCAAUGUACCCCCCUUUCACUACUGAUGGACAAUAUAAGAAUGCACUCUAAACAUGAAUCAGAUUUAUCAUUGCACACAAUUAACAUGUAGGCAUAAACAGCUUUACUCCUCAACAGCUGUUGACAAACGUGAAUGUUGAACUUUGGUGUUGUUAUCAUUUGAAUGCAUGUUACACCUACUGUCUUAAGACAGUGUACAUUACAGAGGAGGCAAAGCCAAUGUAUAUUGAUUACCAGAUGUAUUGGAUACCCAUGAAAAUUGUACAUAAAGUAUCUAAUAAAGUGCUUUUUACUUUUGUAAAAAUAA